AUGGAACACUUAACACGUCAGCGCCGAGUCAUGCAUAUUGGCAAGCCCAUGGACAAGCAUGCCUACUUUGAGGAACUGGGCAAUCAUAAGUUCGUGGCUUCUCCGCCUGACAAAGGGCAAGACUGCCACCGCACCUAUGAGGCCUUGGCCAUGGGUUCAAUACCGAUCGUGUCCCGAAGUUUGCGUAGUUUGUUUAAGACACUCAAGGUCAAUGUCGUUGAACUUGAAGAUGACGAAUGGGAGAACCUCACGAACAUCAACGUGACAAAGAAGUUCAGGAAAGCAGAACAGCUUUACGAUUACAGGAUUCCCGAGGCACUGUAUUUGAGGUAUGGGAAAGGCCGUAUCAACAAAGGUGUGUAG